UCCCGAUUCCAUUUCAUCAUUCUCUCAGACAUGACCGUCAAAGCCAUAUCCCGCCUCGAUGGCCGCCUAGUCUGGACCACCACCGUUCCCAUUUCUAGCGUGAAGGAGAGUAUUCUUGGGGUUGUCGCGGAUCCGGUUGCGCAGACGUUGUGGUUGUAUACCACGACGAGUAUUUAUGAGAUCGUGAUUACGGAUGAGACUCGAGAUGUCUCCGCCACCCUCCUCACACAAAAGCGCUUCGAGCCCGCAAAGAUCUACGCAUCGACCCCCGCUCAACGUGAUGUAGUCAACAUCGCCCUCGCCGACGACCUCCUGACUCAAGGAGAAUACAACGCAGCCGCUGAGGUCUAUGCCGCGACGAGUAAAGAUUUUGACGAAGUUUGUCUUGCUCUCAUUGAUGCGGGGGAACAACUCGAUGCUUUACGGCUGUAUCUGCGGGCAAAGAUGGACACGUUCGGAGUUGUCAAAAAGAGGAGUGGGCCGGAGAUGAUGGGCAGGUGUAUGGUGGGCACGUGGUUGGUUGAGGUGUAUAUGGCGAAACUCAACGCGCUCGAAGAUACGUCCUCGUCGUCCGCUGAGGAGGUUGAGUCUAUCAAGAACGAGUGGAAAGAUUUUAUUAACAGAUACAAGGGUGAUUUGGAUCGGAAGACGGUUUAUGACCUCACGACUUCACAUGGUCGGAAUGAGGAGCUUUUGUCGUUCGCGACGGCGGUUGAGGAUUGGUCGUUUAUCCUCAAAUACUGGGUCGAGCGAUCGGAAUGGUCAAAGGCACUACAGAUGCUCUCGAAACAAACCGAGCCAGAGGUCUUUUAUAAAUAUGCGACGGUCCUCAUGACCCACGUUCCGUCCGAAACAGUCGAUAUCUGGAUGCGAAACGCGAACCUGAAUCCUCGGGGUUUGGUUCCCGGGUUGUUGGCGUAUAAUGCGAAGAUCGGGGGAAGGAGUACGAGGAAUGAGGCAGUGAGGUAUUUGACCUACGUCACGACCACGCUGGGGAACACCGAUGCUGCUGUCCACAAUACGCUUCUCGGGAUCUUGGUUGCUGCAUCGGCGGAUGAGACGGCGUUGUCGCAUUAUCUGAGACGGCAGGAUGGAGACAAGACGAUGGCAAAUGGCCCGUACUAUGAUUUGGAUUUGGGGUUGAGGCUGUGUUUGCAGUAUGGCCGUGUUGCGAGUUGUGUGCAUAUCUAUUCAUCGCUGGGACGGUAUGUGCAGGCUGUUGAACUUGCGCUCAAGCACAAUGAUGUGGAACUCGCUAUCUCCAUUGCGGAUGGUCCGACGGAUGAUGACACACUGCGCAAGAAUCUCUGGUUAACAGUCGCGAAACACGUCGUUAAGAGAGACGGCGGAAUCAAGACCGCGAUGGGGAUUUUGAAGAAGUGUGAUUUGUUGAAGGUGGAGGAGUUGAUGCCGUACCUUCCUGAUUUCGUCCUCAUCGAUGAUUUCAAAGAGGAGAUAUGCAAUGCGUUGGAGGAUUACUCCAGGCAGAUUGAUCGGUUGAGUAAGGAUAUGGAUACUUCCACCCGGUCUGCGGAGACAAUCAGGCAGGAUAUCGCGUCACUCCAGAAGAGAUACGCCGUCAUCCAACCCGGCGAGAGAUGUUAUAUCUGUCAAUACCCGCUACUUACCCGACAAUUCUACAUCUUCCCCUGCUCCCACUGUUUCCACGGGGAUUGUCUCACGACACGGGUUGUACAGUCAUCAGGUCUCCGUCGUUGGCAACAAAGACGGAUCACGGAGUUACAGGCUGAGAUCCAGAAUGCCGCUUCUACUGGGGGUGAUGUGAGGAAAGCAAAGGAUGAGUUGGACGAGAUUGUUGCGGGAGAGUGUGUGCUUUGUGGUGAUGCUGUGGUUAGGAAAAUUGAUGAGGGGUUUGGUGGGGACGCAGAG